GCCCCGGCCCUCCCCGAGAGCGCGGGUCGUCCUUCCGCCCCGAGGAGCAUCCAUUAAGGAGAGCGCCCCCUCCCGGAGAAGUACAGCCUGGCCGUCCCGAGCUCUCCGUGCCCAUGUCGGCACCAACGUGCCUCCCACCAGCUGCCGAGGAGCCCGACUGCGUCGUGGUGGUGAAGAUGGAAGGGCAGGAGGAGGCCUGGGACCUGGAACCCGGCCUGCCCCGCAGAGGCCGCUCCAGCCCCGAGGCCUUCCGCCAGCGGUUCCGGCAGUUCGGCUACCAGGAGGCGCCCGGGCCCCGGGAGGCCCUGGGCCGGCUGCGGGAGCUGUGCUGGCGGUGGCUGCGGCCCGAGGCGCACACCAAGCGGCAGAUCCUGGAGCUGCUGGUGCUGGAGCAGUUCGUGGCCAUCCUGCCCGAGGAGCUGCAGGCCUGGCUGCGCGCGCACGGCCCGGGGAGCGGGGAGGAGGCCGUGACGAUGCUGGAGGAGCUGGAGAAGGAGCUGGACGGGCCGGCGGAGCAGGUUUUGGGACAAAAUGCAGAGGACGUGGCAGCUCAGGAAAUCCCUCGGGAGUCGCCAAGUGGCCCGCCCAAGCCUGCGAAGCCGCAGCCGCCGUGCCCAUCGCGGGAGCGCCACUCCUCCAGGCCAUGCGAUAAGGACACGAGAACUCAAAAUGUGAAAUCAGCUUCGAGGCAAAAGACUUCUUCGGGCGUAGAACUGCAUGGCGAUGUUCCUAACACCAUUCACAGGAACCCUUCCCAGAGUUCCACAUCCAGAGGAACUGGCAGCCAAGAUGGUACGUUAGAUAGAAGAUACAGAAAUCCUUCUAGGAAAAAACAGCGCACGUGUGACGAGUGUGGCAAAACCUUCAGUCAGAGCUCAGCCCUCAUGCUCCACCAGAGGAUCCACAGUGGAGAGAAGCCUUUCGCAUGUGACGUGUGUGCAAAGGCUUUUAGCCGGAGUGCGGUCCUCAUUCAGCAUCGGAGAAUCCACACCGGGGAGAGGCCCUACAAGUGCCACGAGUGUGGGAAAGCCUUCAGUCAGAGCUCGAAUCUCUUCAGGCACAGGAAAAGCCACACGUGCGUCGGUCCUGGGAGGGAGUCAAAGCGUCUACUCAAAACUUUCUCAACAGAGGAAGACACACGGCACCAGUAGCUCCCUAGUGUAGAUCACUGGUCUUAAUGAGCAGGGUCCUUUCAAAGGUCAUAAAGAAGAGGAUACAGACCAUCUUAUGUCAGCCUUGUUUGCUUCUCUGCUACUGUAUUGAUAAGCAGAAAAGCAGACAAGGCUGAAUUGAACUCUGAUUUCCAUCCGGAGAGUAGCUCUUGAAAGACAUUCUCAGACACGUUCUAUUUCUGCUCUUUGCACCAACGAUGACAUAGUACAGUGGCCCCUCGAACACUGGUUUGAACAGCAGAAGUGUUAACUUUAUGUAUAUUUUUCUCAGUGCGUAUACAGUUGGCCCUCUGUGUUCCUCGGCUUCAACCAACCACAGAUUGAGUCUGCAGAUGCAGGGAGCCAACUGUGUGCAUUGUUCUAUGCCAUUUCAUACAAGGGAAUUGAGCACCCGCCUAUUUGGGUAUCUACUGGGGGUGGGGGUGGGGGUGGGUAGGUGAGCCUGGAACCAAUCCACCGCAGGUACUGAGGGACGACUGUGUAUUUCUUUUUAGACAAAUGCAUGUCCCCUGUUGAGAAAGAAUCUGAGUUACUCCAUAUAAAAACAUAAUCUUUUCCAUUUCAUACCUUAAGUAUGAGAGUUCUCAGACCAAAGAUGAAAGCACUUUUUAAACAUUUCUCAUUUUGCUUUCUGUUACUAGAUUUUUAAAUAUGAGAAUAGGAUUGAGGAGGCCCAAGAGAAUAUGUACCUCAAGAUCUAGGCUGAAACGCCCAGGGUCAUUGUCAGGAGGCUGGUGAGUAAAGGGACUUAAUCUCUUACGAAAACUCACAAGAGCAUAGACAUUACUGAUGAGACUAAGAAAUUUCCUGUGUAGGAAAAAGAAAAAUCUCCUUUACAAUGUAACUUGGAGAUCACUCAGUGAAGGCAGUAAGAUGACUACACGUCUUAGGGAGUGGCUUCGGCCUAAGGAAUGUUCUGGUAAUGAGGUGGGUUGCCUAUGCUUAUGUAAGGUUGAUGACCCUCUUAAUAUGAAGGGAAGGAGAAGGGAGAUGAAGAAAAGACUCCAGAUGAGACUGACUGGUGUGACCCGGGUGUUGGCGAGUGCGGUGUGUGAUGGAGAGGGUACCAUGGCUUUGCUGGAAAAGGAAGCCCUUCCCAGCUGAGGCCUGUCCCUCCGGGCUCCUCCUGGCCCCCUUUAGCUGUGACCGUGUUUCAGGCACCACAAGGCAGCCUUGUCAGGGUCCUGUACGUUCUUAACAAGAUGAUUUUCAAAUGUUUGCAAAAUGGGACCCCGGAUUUUGAUGCUCUUGUACGAAUGAAACCACAGAAGUCAAUUGAGCGUCCGCCAAAGUCUUACCCACGUUCAGUCAGAUUCCCUGUACAGAUGUAAAAUGACCGAUGUGUGUGUUAAUAAUGUAUCCUGACAGGAUGCAACAGGCCCUCCCCUUUCUCAGGGAGUCUGGGAAGACUGUUCUGAGAAUGUGCAUCGCUGUGUUUCCCUGGCGUCACAGUGACCCCACACGGGGAACUUCUCUGCUGCAGGGGGCUCCUCUCGAAGUGUCAGCGCGCCAUCAGAAGAUCCAGCUGUGUCCAGUGCUUAGAGUCACCCCAGACACGGAGGUGGGGUCACUGAGCUCCGCUUACUCCAUUCAUAAGAUUAGUAGCGGGAGAAGUAAAUGUAAGCUUUAAUUCUGGGAUCUGCUGAUGGCGAUUAUAUUUUAUAGUUCUGGGGAAUAUAUUGAGUUUUGUAUAUUUUCCGUUAUUAAAAAUGUAGGGAUUCUUUGUUUGGUGCCGGUCUCUAGUUAAGAGAGGAAUAAGCCAUCUAUUAAAGCAGCAAAUGCCUCAGAA